AUGUCCACGCUCGCCCGUCCGGAACGAGCCCUCGCGCCACGUUGCCACCAGCCCACCAUCGCCACGAACCAGCUAGGUGCCGAGCGAGCUGCACGGCAUCAGCCCAGUCCUCUUGAAGGCCCUCGCUGCCGAGUCGGGCCCUGUUGGCCCCUCACAAGCAAGCGAGUCCAGCCGCUCGGCGGCCCGCCGUGGCCCAUGUUCCCAGCAUGGCGGGCGUCCCGAAGGUGGAGAUCAAGGGUUCACGGUGGCACAUGGUACUCCUCCCUGGGAGGGGUGGUGAGGGCUCAAUCACGACGGACACGAUCGAAAAGGGCGAGAUCGGCAGAAAUCACCUAG